CAUAUGGGCAAUGCGGGCUAUUCCUAGAGGAGCACAAGCUGGCCACACUUUCAAACAGCUGUUGAUGGUCAAAGACCCCCAAAAAAUUAAAUACAAAAGAAAUUAAGUCUGCCUGCCGUGAAAGUAAUCGAAGAGUGUGCUAAGGACCAAGGCGUACAGUCAAAGAAAUCGCUAGGAAAAUGGAAUCGGAUACGCUGGAUCAGGAGAGUGCUGCGGCCGCUCUAAAGAAACUAUCGCCAAGUGAAAGUCCCGAAAGUUCGAAGAAAUGGGAGCCGACUGCGGAUGUUGGCGAGAGGGAUGCAGGGGAUGGAGAGGAAGAGGCGCCGCCAACAAAGAGACAAAAGACUGCAGACGAAAAGGAGGAGAAUCGAGAGGAAGACGAGGAGAGCGAGGACAGCGAAGAGUUGGAUGAGGAAGGGGAGGAAGAGGAGGAUGAUGGCGAGGGCAUCGUCCAGAUUGGCGCCACCAUCAGUCCGAGGCACUUCCAGCGCAUCCCCGUUUUCAUCGUCGACUACCACAACGAUGUGCUGGAGUUCAUCUACCGCUGCUUUGCCACCCGCCACCUUCCGCUGGAGAACAACACCCUCGUCCAUUUCGAUUCGCAUCCGGAUCUGGUCAUUCCCCGGCACAUAGCCGCGAGUUCCACCUACCAAAAAGACACCAUGCUCAACGAGCUCAGCAUCGAGAACUGGAUCAUGCCCACACUUUAUGCAGGACAUUUCAACCGAGUCGUGUGGUUGAAGAAUUCGUGGUGCCAGCAGCUGCCCACUGGCAGGCAUGACUUCAAGGUUGGACAAAAGGACGACCGAAUUGGAGUGGACUGUCCGUUGGACUAUUUCAUUGCCGACGGCAACUACUGCACUACGGAGGAUCUGCAGGAAGCUAAGAGCGUGGAGCUGCAGGUUCACGAUGCAGACAACGAAAGCCUCAAUCCGAACGAAUUCCUAACGGAGAAGGACGCCAAGGGAUUCGUGCUGGAUAUAGACCUCGAUUUCUUCAGCACCUCCAACCCGUUCUUGGAAAUUUACAAGGAUGCCGAUUGCUACAAUCAGCUGAAGGAGAUCUUCCACUUCGAAAGCGUGGAAAAGGUGAAAAAGUCGGGCACUGCUACCAUCGCAGAUUAUUUGGCCACGGCGGAGAGGCGACAGACUCAGUUGGAUGCACUGAAGACGAUUUUCUGGCAUCUGGAGGAGGAGCGCAAUUUCGAGGGACUGGAGAAACCAGACGAGACCGUUGUCACGCCCGAAGUGUACGCUAAAAUUGUGAAAUUGGCUGAUCAGCUGCAGGAGAAAUAUCCAGACGAUGAAAUCGACUGGCAUUUGAUCUUCGAUUCGGGCAGCACCACCGAUAAUAAUGGCUUGCCGCACCACAUCAGCACCGCCGCGGAGUUGGAAACGUACUUUGCUAACUUUAAGAGAUUUUUAGAGCGCCUACCAGUUCCUCCAGUGGCCAUUACAAUGGCCCAUUCCGCUCAGGACGACUACUGCCCCCAGGAUCAGGUGGCAUUCAUCGAGGAAUGCGUUCUACGCCUGCUUAGGGAAGUUUUCGGCGAAAGACUGCAUGACAAAGCCAUCCUGCACUAUAUGGACGAUCCUUGGGAUGUGAUGAAGCUCUAAGCUUAUUGAUAUCUAGGGGCUCUCCCACCCGCCACUGCGAAUUAGAUUCAGCAUUUACAAAACUCGUUUGGGUGGGAACACCCCACGACUAGCAGAUCCCCGUAGUGAUUUCGAAUUAGAACCUAAUAAUGAUGGAAAAUACAAUACUAAUUAUAAUAUUUUUUACUUUGAAAUAUACGCGAAGUAUUUAACAGACAAUUAAACAAACUUGGGUAUAUU